CCAGAUCGACCGGCUGGCGAAGAGCUGCAUGCAACCGGUGGGAAGCCGGACCGGCGGGGGCUGGGGCUGGGGUUGGGGCUCCGACCGCUUCUUGGCGGGCUUCUGGCGGUGAGCGCGGACCGCCCGGAGGCGGCGGCUCCGAGCUGGCAGGCGGAGGGCUGUCUCCCGCGCCCGCCUGCCCGGCGCGGUCCGAGGAUGCGGGGGGGCGAUGCCCGGGGCCAGGGACGCGCUCUGUCACCAGGCGCUGCAGCUGCUGGCCGAGCUCUGUGCCCGUGGGGCCCUGGAGCACGACAGCUGCCAAGAUUUCAUCUACCACCUGCGGGACCGUGCCAGACCCCGGCUCCGCGACCCAGAUAUCUCUGUGAGCCUGCUGACCCUCAUGGUCACUGCCUGUGGUCUUGCCCUCUUUGGCGUAUCUCUCUUCGUAUCUUGGAAACUCUGCUGGGUUCCUUGGCGAGAACGAGGCCUGUUCUCUGGUAGCAAAGACAACAACCAGGAGCCUCUUAACUACACAGACACCGAGACCAAUGAGCAAGAGAACAGUGAGGACUUCAUAGACCCACCCACGCCCUGCCCUGACUCCUCCAUGAAGAUCAGCCACACCUCCCCGGACAUUCCCCUCUCUACCCAGCCGGGGGUCCAGGAGAACUGUGCCCAUGGGGUUCGGAUGCAACGCCAAGUCACAGAGCCAACCUCGUCGACUCGGCAUAAUUCAAUCCGAAGACAACUCAACCUGUCAAACCCAGACUUCAAUAUCCAGCAGCUUCAAAAACAGGAACAGUUGACUGGAAUUGGUAGAAUUAAACCAGAGUUAUAUAAACAGAGGUCAUUGGAUAAUGAUGAUGAGAAAAGAAGUAACAGCAAAGCUUGUGGGAAACUGAACUUCAUUUUAAAAUAUGACUGCGACCUAGAGCAGCUCAUAGUGAAGAUUCACAAAGCUGUCAAUUUGCCUGCCAAGGACUUUUCUGGAACUUCAGAUCCUUAUGUGAAAAUCUACUUGCUUCCUGAUCGAAAAACAAAACACCAGACUAAAGUUCACAGAAAGACCCUGAACCCUGUGUUUGAUGAAGUGUUUUUAUUUCCGGUUCCCUACAGUGAUCUCGAAGCUCGGAAGCUUCACUUCUCCGUGUAUGAUUUUGACAGGUUCUCUCGCCACGACUUAAUUGGCCAAGUGGUAGUGGAUCACUUCUUAGACUUGGCUGAUUUCCCCAGGGAGUGCGUCCUUUGGAAGGAUAUCGAAUAUGUCACCAAUGACAAUGUGGAUCUUGGAGAGCUGAUGUUUUCCCUCUGCUAUCUACCCACGGCUGGUAGACUGACCAUUACCAUCAUAAAAGCAAGGAAUUUAAAGGCAAUGGACAUAACAGGAGCAUCAGAUCCUUAUGUGAAAGUCUCACUGAUGUGUGAUGGCAGGCGACUGAAAAAGAGGAAAACAUCCACCAAGAGGAACACGCUGAAUCCUGUUUACAAUGAAGCCAUAGUCUUUGAUGUCCCUCCUGAGAACAUUGACCAAAUCCACUUGUCCAUAGCAGUCAUGGACUAUGACCGUGUAGGUCACAAUGAGAUCAUCGGUGUGUGUCAAGUAGGCAACGAGGCUGAGAGGCUGGGCCGAGACCACUGGAGCGAAAUGCUGUCAUACCCUCGGAAGCCCAUCGCACACUGGCAUUCCUUGGUGGAGAAACGAUGACUAUGGAUAAGAGGACAGCUUGUGCCAAGGACACAGUAGGACAACCAUCUCACAGUGAUCUUAAGUAACUUUUUCCAUCCAGCGACACCCAGACAACUCCAGCGACCAAAUGCUCAGCUGUAACCACAGCAAUAACUGGCCCUCAUUCCAAAUUCGGUUUGGUGAACCUGAAUGGUCCAGCCACUUUCCUCAGGGGGCCCAAGGUGAUGUGUUAUAGGGGGAAACUCAUCUCAUUGCCAAGAAACAAGAUUGGACUGUGGAAGAAAGCAAGUGACGUAGUGAGAGUCCCAAGAGGACCAGGAUUCUUAGUGAUUCAUAUAAGGCCCUUGGUAAUGGGGACAUGGCGCCUGCCCUGGCUGUGGUCAUUCUAACAUGAAGUUACUUGUUUGAAUGCCCUGGAAGGUUAGAACAUUUAAAAAUAUAUCCGGGUGCUAAAUAGGCAGCAAAUCUCAAUUCAAAUUCCACUACCUUUGAGCUAAUGGCUGUCUUCAGAGAAUAGUUUCACCCCAAGAAGUGCUACAGCUUCACAAGGAAUAACCCCAAGAGAAUAAUAGGACAAGCAGGCCAUUCCCCUGAGAAACUGCAGUGCAAGGAGGGUUAGUUCACAGCAAAUUCACUGCCCCCUUCUGUGCACAUACAGAGUACCGGUUGACCAUGGUUCUUUUCUCUGCUAAAACCAGAUUCUGAAUUUUGAGAUUCUAGAACAUCAUUAUUUUGUAGGUUGCCAGUAGCCACUUCCUUUCAACUGGUGUUAUUAGAAUUAAAUUUACUGUCCAUCCCCACUAGAGAGGUUUAACUCUCAAUGGAGUAUGUAUUCUGGAAUACCCUUUCCCAAGCACAUUUUUCAUUGAGGGAAGAGCCCCACAAAUAGGUUUAGCAUGGUGUCAGAUGAGAUCACAAAGACCAGACAGGGUCCCUUGAAGGAAAGGCACAGUUUGGGGGCCUUCUUGGCCUAUGUGCCUUUUCAGAUAUUUCCAUAUGCAACAGCCCAGAGUCUAGGCUCAGGCAGCCACGCACAGAGGUUUUCUUCUCAAUGCAGACGUGUCCCUUCCAUAGCACUUGGGGAAUGGAGAUACUACAAAAGUGAAGGUCAAGGGCUCUCCCUGGGUAGCUCAUUCAUUACUCAUUUCCCUCCUGCCAAUUUACUGCCAGCUAUGCACCUCGUCUUCACUGUUUCUGCCUCCACAAAACUGAAACCAAAGGCUUCAGCAUAUCCUCAGAGGGCCAGGGGCUGUUUCCUGGUGGUCCCCUCUUUGUCCUAUUAUGGUACAAGACACCCCCUCCACACAUUUACAUCUGUAUUCCAAGAUAACAUUUCAUACAAUUUCUUUACUGUGGAAUCCAGAGUUGAAUUGUGGUUUACUUUCUUAGAAAGCUCGUUAUAUUCAUUUGAGUUAACAUUUUAAUAUGAGACUGAGUGGAAACAGGAUCUUUGGAUGUUAUCAGAAAGUUGUGGGUGCCACAUCUGCCUAGCAUAGGAAACUCUACCCUGGUGUUCACUUCAGCAGCACAUACACUAAAAUUGGAAUGAUACAGAGAAGAUUAGCAUGGCCCAAGGAUGACACACAAACUCGUGAAGCGUUCCAUAUUUUUGCACAGGAAAAAAAGAAAAGAAAGAAACUCUACCUUGAUGUCAGAUCUAAAAAGGGUGGAGGCCUUUUGUUAAGUGAGGCAGUAUUAUUAUAUACCAGCUUCAUGCAUUCCCUGGCCUGUCUAAUCAUUUCCAUCUCUUACUGGCUUUUGACCAUGAGGAUUCAAAAGGAAUCCAAGUUCUGCUUGUGUCUGAUGACGUGAGAAAAAUUCAGGUUUCUUUACCGAGGUUUCCCUCUGCCUAUCCCUCCCAUUCAGACAUCCUCCACCAUAACAGUUUUUAGAACCAAAGCAUGAAGGGUUAAUGCCAGCAGGAUAGUGAGCAGAAAGAUUGUCACUAGAUCCAGGCAGAAGAUCCCAGAAGAAUGUCCCCGAACGAACCAGAUGGGCCUCGUAGAUAGUAGCAGGCAGCCAUCCCAUUCAACACUGACCUGCCCUUGGCAGUGGGAGCCUGGGUUGAAGGUCCUGAGGCCACUGUGCCUAUUGAUCCUGUCUCAGGAUCUUGCUGCUCAUAUAUGCAGCCUUGGGGUACUAAAGAAUAUGUUAUUGGCUUGUUGGAAUGAAUACAGCGUGACUCAGUGGAGACAGUUCAGCAAAGAGCACUGUCCAUGUAGCAGGCAAGUGGCUUUGUGUUUGGAAAGCUUUAGCUAGCUGUACAGGUGUGGCCAGAGGCUGGUUAUAAAUGUGAACACCUUCUGCCUAUCUGUACCUCUGCCUGUGUUCUCUUGCAUUCUGUUUGGUUGCCCUUUAGUUCCUAGUAAAUGUUUCUUUUGAAAACUCAAA